AGAAGUCUGGCCACUCUACGUAUCAUCGAAAAAAUAAUAAGGACACAAUCAUUUUCCGCACAUUCCAGAGGAUCCUACAAUCUUCGGCCCAUUGCCGUGGAGCCAGUGCAUCCUUGCUGACCAGCCGACUGGGCAAGGAGAUUUGGCUAAGUUCCGCCAAAAUGUCACAGUCACCGAAUGGCGGGAUUUCCACAAUGGAAACGGAGGAGGCGCCGGAAAAUCUAGCAGACUCCCUUGAGAAACCAUGGCGCGGAGUGCCCAUGGAGGCCAUACAUCGCAAUCUCCAUCCCUUCGAAUUGGAAAACCUGCCACCCGUCAGCGCUGGCAAUCUUCACCGGGUGCUGUACCAACUGCCCAUCCGGGAUACGCCGCCACGCCCACACAAAUCGCCCGGGAAAUGGGAUUCGGAGCAUGUUCGCCUGCCAUGCGCGCCAGAGUCGAAAUAUCCCAGGGAAAAUCCAGAUGGCAGCACCACCAUCGAUUCUCGCUGGGGAAUGAUCGAAAGGGCCCUGCUGCAGCCCAUCGAAUCGAGUGAGGAGCUCCAGGCGGCCAUACUAUCCUACAAUACCACCUACAGGGAUCAGUGGCACUUUCGGGCCCUUCAUCAGCUACUGGACGAGGAGCUGGACGAGAGCGAGACACGGGUUUUCUUCGAGGAUCUACUGCCGCGUAUUAUUCGCUUAGCAUUGCGGCUGCCGGACCUGAUUCAAUCGCCUGUUCCGCUGCUCAAGCAGCACAAGAAUGCCUCCUUGAGUCUGAGUCAGCAGCAGAUCGCCUGCCUGUUGGCCAACGCUUUUCUGUGCACCUUUCCGCGGCGCAACACGCUGAAGAGGAAAUCCGAGUACAGCACAUUUCCAGAUAUAAACUUUAACAGGCUUUACCAAUUGACGGGAGCAGCGGUGCUGGAGAAGCUCAAAUGCAUUAUGCACUAUUUCCGGCGAGUGUGUCCCACGGAGCGGGAUGACAGCAAUGUGCCCACCGGUGUGGUGACCUUUGUCCGCCGCAGCGGAUUGCCGGAACAUCAGGUCGACUGGGGCCAGAGUGCGGCGCCCCUGGGCGAUGUGCCAUUGCAUGUGGACGCCGAGGGAACGAUCGAGGACGACGGCGUCGGGCUGCUCCAGGUGGACUUUGCCAACAAAUAUUUGGGUGGCGGUGUUUUGGGACACGGCUGCGUUCAGGAGGAGAUACGUUUUGUUAUCUGUCCAGAGCUCUUGGUUAGCAAGCUCUUUACGGAAUGUCUGCGGCCAUUCGAGGCGCUGGUGAUGUUGGGCGCCGAGAGAUAUAGUAACUAUACGGGAUAUGCCGGAAGCUUCGAGUGGUCCGGCAACUGUGAGGACUCCACGCCCAGGGAUAGCUCUCGUCGCCGGCAAACGGCCAUUGUGGCCAUAGAUGCUUUGCAUUUUGCCCAAUCACAGCAUCAAUAUCGCGAGGAUCUCAUGGAAAGGGAGCUAAAUAAGGCGUAUAUCGGAUUUAUCCAUUGGAUGGUCACGCCGCCACCAGGAGUGGCCACCGGCAAUUGGGGAUGUGGUGCGUUCGGCGGAGAUUCCUACCUUAAAGCCCUGCUACAACUCAUGGUCUGUGCUCAGCUGGGCAGGCCUUUGGCCUACUAUACCUUUGGUGAUACCGAGCUCAGAGAUGAUUUCCAUGACAUAUGGCUGUUGUUUCGAAGUGAGGGUACUACGGUCCAGCAGCUUUGGAGUAUCCUAAGGUCCUAUAGUAGACUUAUAAUGGAGAAGAGCCCCGAGGAGUCGCGUGAGGGCAAGGCAUGCCAAAAGACGAUGUACGAAUUCAUAAGGGAGGAACUGAUAAAGGUCAAAGAUGGAACAGGAGAAGGACAGCCCCCAGAAGCUGGAACAUCAAAAUCAGCUGGAUCAGGAGAAGCAAAAUCCGAAGCAAAGCCAUCAGCAACAGCGAAAACCUCACCAGAACUUACCAAAAAGCCAGCCCAACCGAAAGCCGCUGUUAGCCAACAAAGUCCUGAUCUGUUUCCCACGCAACCGUCCCAAGAUUCCGAUUCCUCGCUAGAACAGGUCAUUCUCAUGCUGUCCGAUGAUGAGGAGACCAAUGCCAUGAUGGAGGCCGCCAGCUUGGAGGCAAAGAACAGCGAGGAAGUCAGCAACAGCAGCACACCGGCCAAGAGCAGUAGUUCCUCCUCGAAAACAGAAGGCGGCCGCCAGUUGACCCUGCUCGAGAUGCUGGACUCACAUUACGAGAAGGGACAGGCCUCGAAGAGGCCUCGAAAAGCACCCAACUGCAGCAAGGCUGAGGGUCCAGCAAAGAGUCGCAAGGAGAACGAUGCGGAGGACAAGAAGGAUGAUGUUGACUAAGUGAUAUUGCCCUAGAGGAUAAUAAUAUUAGGCCUUCUUUAAGUCUGCUUAAAAAUUGUUUGCUGAAUAUUCUCAAAAAACUUUUUAAACCAAAUUUUUUUUGGCAUUACAAAACUGACUAUUAAAUCUAAAUGAAAAACGUA